GGAGACUCCUCGAAGCGUGCGGGAGGAGCUGACUGUUUAAGAAGGAAAGGAUCCCGCCAGCGCCCUUCUUCUCUGCGCCCUAGCCGGCUUUCUAGCUCCAAACGAGUGGCAGAGUAUUCGGUCGUGUCCACGCCCCAUUUCUCCCCCACCCCCAUGCCGCAGUAGCCGGGUCCUUCCUCCACCCGCUCAGUCAGUGUAACAGUGUCUCCUGGACUGAGGUAGAGUUUGCUGCGGGCUCGGCUUCCGAGGAGGCGACGGCAAAGGGGCCAUGGCGGCCACCGAGAUAGCGCGCCAGGUGGGCGAAGGCUGCCGUACUGUCCCUCUUUCUGGCCAUGUAGGAUUUGACAGCCUUCCUGACCAGCUGGUUAAUAAAUCGGUUAGCCAUGGUUUCUGUUUCAACAUCUUGUGUGUGGGAGAAACAGGGCUUGGGAAAUCAACGUUGAUGGAUACCCUUUUCAAUACUAAAUUUGAAGGUGAGCCAGCCUCUCAUUCGCAGCCAGGAGUUCAGCUGAAAUCCAGUACUUACGAUCUCCAGGAAAGCAAUGUCCAUCUGAAAUUGACCAUUGUUAGCACGGUGGGCUUUGGGGAUCAGAUUAACAAAGAGGACAGCUAUAAAUCUAUUGUGGAAUUCAUUGAUGCCCAGUUCGAAUCUUACCUGCAAGAGGAACUGAAAAUCAAGCGGGUGCUACAUAACUACCAUGACUCCCGCAUCCAUGCCUGCUUGUACUUCAUUGCCCCCACGGGCCACUCUUUGAAAUCCCUGGAUUUGGUAACAAUGAAGAAGCUUGAUAGCAAGGUAAAUAUCAUUCCUAUUAUCGCCAAAUCCGAUGCCAUUUCCAAAAGCGAGCUGACGAAAUUCAAGAUUAAGAUCACAAGUGAGCUUGUCAGCAACGGGGUGCAGAUCUAUCAGUUCCCUACAGAUGACGAGUCCGUGGCAGAGAUAAACGGGACUAUGAAUGCCCACUUACCUUUUGCCGUGAUUGGCAGCACAGAAGAAAUCAAGAUAGGGAACAAAAUGAUGAAGGCCCGGCAGUAUCCCUGGGGGACGGUGCAGGUGGAAAAUGAAGCGCACUGUGACUUUGUGAAGCUAAGAGAGAUGUUGAUCCGUGUCAACAUGGAGGAUCUCCGUGAACAGACACACACGCGCCAUUACGAGUUGUACCGGCGAUGUAAACUGGAGGAAAUGGGAUUUAAGGACACUGAUCCAGACAGCAAGCCAUUCAGUUUACAAGAAACCUAUGAGGCCAAAAGGAAUGAGUUCCUGGGAGAGCUGCAGAAAAAGGAGGAGGAAAUGCGGCAAAUGUUUGUGCAGAGAGUUAAGGAGAAAGAAGCGGAAUUGAAAGAGGCUGAAAAAGAGUUGCAUGAGAAAUUUGACCGGCUGAAGAAGCUGCACCAGGACGAAAAGAAGAAAGUGGAGGACAAGAAGAAAUCCCUGGAUGAUGAAGUCAACGCAUUUAAGCAGAGGAAGACUGCGGCUGAAUUACUCCAGUCUCAGGCUCAGCAGGCAGGAGGCUCGCAAACUCUGAAAAGGGACAAGGAGAGGAAGAAUUAACCCUGCCGUUUGCUGCAUGGUGCAUGAGGGUACGUUGUGCUGCUUUUUCUGAUCUGUCUCCACCCGCUGCUCUAUGUCUGAUGGAGAAGAUUUCCACUUGAGGAAGAGUUUAGGAAUUCCCACCCUGUUUGGGAGGGGGAGGAAUGAAUAAGUCUUUGGAUAUCUGGAAAGACUUGGUUUUGUUUUCCCGUUUUUUUUCUGAUGUGCAUGGGGUGUGUUAAAAGCUGAGGUGUUUUGUGGUUUUCACUGCAAGACAGGGAGAAUAUUGGAAAGGCAAACAUCUGUGUAUCAGUUAAAAGCUUUGAGGAGCAACCUAAAAGGGGCAGGCAAAUUAUUGAUGUAGCCAAGUGACACUGAGACAGAUUUUUUUUUAAAAGCAAAGUAUUUCCUUUCUAUUUUGCCUCAGUAUAAAUAUGAUGGGUGGUUUAUAAGUAUCUGUGAAAAAAAUGUGCUAAUUCGUUGGUUUGCUUGGAUUAAAAACUAAACAAAAACUUUAAAAAUACAAGUUUUAUGCAAUGAACAGCAAACAGAGAAACACGCGACUUUGCUACCUCUUGAGGAAUAUUUAAUUUUAACACUGAAGCAAAGGACAGUGCGGGAGGGGUUGGGGGGAAGUAUAUUUUUCAUUGGGGUCAUAGAUAACCUCUGCCAUUU